GUUGCCAUGGCAUGAGCCGUCGAAAUUGUCAUUCCUCACAUGGUGGGGGUUCAAUGGGAUUAGGGAUAAUUCCCAUUUGCAAUUGUGGUGAGAGGACAGUAGUAAAAAUGGCUAGAACUUCAAAGAAUGCUGGAAGAUAUUUUUGGAGUUGUCGUAACUACAAGAGUGGAGCUGGAAAUGUGACUUGGUGUAACUAUUUCAAGUGGUGUAAUGAAGAAGAAGUUGAUGAAAAUGAUGUUAUCAUUGAUAGGAAAAGGAGUAAGAUCUGUGAUAUGGAGAAGACAAUGAAAGCUUUGAAGAGAAGGAUGAAGUUAUUAGUAUCAGUGAUAUGUGUUCUUAUUGUAGUGAUCAUAGUUAUGUUGUGUGUGUUAUUAGGUUGAUGUGUUCGAAGUGGGUUUUUAGAUUGUCGUGUUCUUUGUUUCUUUAGGUGAUUUCUUGGCUUUUGAGAUUGACGUGUUCUGUGUGUCUUUAGGUGAUCCCAAAUGUGGCUUACUUUAGUGUUUUCAAUGUUGAGGUUGUAACAGAUCAGUGAAUGAAAUAUGUAUUCUAUUAGUGUUUAAUUGUUCAAAUUAGUCCUCUUUUUAGUUAAAAAUAUGCCAAUG